AGAAGGGAACAAGAUGGCGAAGAACUACGGGCAAAUGUACAACAUCCUCGGGUGGGGCGAUCCCUUCUUCGUCGUCAACUCUCAUGGCCACCUCAGCGUGAAGCCCCAUGGCCGCGACACCAUCUCAGGCCAGGAGAUCGACGUCCACUCCGUCAUCGACGCCGCCUUGUCCACCAUGGCCAACGAAGACGGCGACAAGAAAGCCCAGUUCCCGAUGAUCCUCCGCUUCCCCGACGUGCUCAAGAACCGCCUCGACUCCCUCCACGCCGCCUUCAACGGCGCCAUCGAGAGCACCGGGUACACGUCCAGGUACCAGGGCGUGUUCCCCAUCAAGGUCAACCAGAACAAGGCCGUCGUCCAGGACAUCGUCAACUUCGGCCAUGGCUACAGCUACGGCCUCGAGGCUGGCUCCAAGCCGGAGCUGCUCAUCGCCAUGAGCUGCCUGACCAAGGCCAAGCCGGGAGCUUACCUGGUGUGCAAUGGCUACAAGGACGCCGACUACGUCGCGCUCGCGCUCUCGGCGCGCGCCAUGGGCCUUAACGCCAUCAUCGUGCUGGAGAUGGAGGAGGAGCUUGACAUCGUCAUUGAGCAGAGCGCCAAGCUCGGUGUCGAGCCCGUCAUCGGCUUUCGUGCAAAGCUUCUCACCAAGAUACCGGGGCACUUCGGGUCCACGGCCGGCAAGCAUGGCAAGUUCGGGAUGCUCGCCGGGAAGAUCUACGAGGUUGCCGAGAAGCUGAAGAAGAAUGGCAAGCUGCACUGGCUCAAGCUGCUGCACUUCCAUGUCGGCUCCAUGAUCCCGACGACGGACAUCGUGUACAAGGCGGCGACCGAGGCCGCGGGCAUCUACUGCGACCUGGUGAAGAAGCACGGCGCGACGGGGAUGACCACGCUGGACUGCGGCGGCGGGCUUGGCGUCGACUACGACGGGACACGGUCGGGCAGCUCCGACAUGUCGGUGGCGUACGGACUCGAGCAGUACGCUUCCAGCGUCGUGCAGGCCGUGCGGCUCACGUGCGACGACCAUGGCGUCCCGCACCCGGUGCUGUGCACCGAGAGCGGCCGCGCCAUGGCGUCGCACCACUCCAUGAUCAUCCUCGAGGCGCUCUCGGCGAUCCCGGAGCCGCAGGACGAGGACACCCAUGACCAGCUUCUGGGCAAGAUCCAGGAUCUCUCCUCCAAGCAGCCGAGAAGCUCUGCAACUUAUAACGGCGGCGGCGCCAUCGCCGUGGAUGCCAUGCACUCGCACGCGACCGACCUGAAGAAGCACGGCAUCGAGCUGUACAAGCUGGCGAAGAAGCUGUCGAAGAGGGUCACCGGCGACGCCAGCACCAUUUACAACUACCACAUGAACCUGUCCGUCUUCUCCCUCGUCCCCGACAUGUGGGGCAUCGGCCAGCUCUUCCCGAUGAUGCCGGUGAGCCGGCUGAACGAGAGGCCGGCGCUGCACGGCACGCUCGUCGACAUCACCUGCGACAGCGACGGCAAGAUCGACAGGUUCAUCGGGGACGCCGUGACUCUGCCGCUGCACCGGCUCGACCCGGCCAAGGGCGGCUACUACGUGGCGGCGCUCCUGACGGGGGCGUACCAGGAGGCGCUGGCGUGCAAGCACAACCUGUUCAGUGGCCCCACGCUGGUGCGCGUCGAGAGCGCCGGCGGCGGCGGCGGAGCCUUCAAGAUCGCCUCCGUCGAGCUCGGGCCGACGACGGAGGAGGUGAUCGGCACCAUGAGGUACGACGUGAAGAAUGACAUUAGCGACGUGAUCGAGAAGGCUGCGGCGAACAAUGGUGCGUGGCCGGAGAUGGGGCCGCUCAUCGAACAAGUGCUUUCCACCAUGCCAUACCUCAGGGAUUACAAGACCCCCAAAACCACUCUUUAAGCUUCGUUGUUUACCAUCAAUGGCGCCAUGCAUGUGCUUGCUGACCAGCAAUCUCGAUAUAUAAAUAAGGAAGCAAUUUUGUAAGCAUAGGGGCGUAGGUACACCCGUU